GCAUGAUGGUCGAGGUCGUGUAUUCAUGUCCAAUUUACAUCAGAAAUUUCUAACGACUUCUACCGAAAAAUUUCACCAAAAUCACUUACUUAGUACAACCCCAGUAAUCAUCUUAAGUAUAACCACCAUAAUAAAUAUGUCUUUCUUAAAGAGUGCCCAAUCCUUAAAGCCAUUAUUCGACAGAGUUUUAGUGCAAAGAUUAAAGCCAGCUACUAAAACUGCCUCUGGUAUCUAUAUUCCAGAAAAGAAUCAAGAAAAAUUAAACCAAGGUACUGUUGUUGCUGCUGGUCCAGGUGUUGCCAAUUCCAGUACUGGUGAACUCAUUCCAACUGCUGUAAAGGCUGGUGAUAGAGUCUUAUUACCAAACUAUGGUGGUAGUCCAGUCAAGGUUGGUGAAGAAGAAUAUCUUUUAUAUACUGACAAGGAAAUCUUAGCUAAGAUUGAAGACAAUUAAGUGAAUUCUUUGACACUUUUCAAUAACCCUUGUAAAUAAUUCUUAAUGAUAGUCAGUGAAUAUAAUACAUGAUACUACUACUGAACAUAUGAACUUGUAGUACCUCCCACGAAUGACUCAACAACCAGUACAUAAAUAUUAUACUUCUACUGAAACACGAGUCUAUUCAAGUACCUCUAUUUAUAUCUACAUCUAUAUCAAUAUCUAUAUUAUAUAUCAAUAUCUAUGCGUAAACCUAUCUUUGUAUACUA